GCCCCGCGGGUAAAGAUGGCGACAGCUGAGGAGGGUAGCAGAUCAACUUUAUCCGAGCAGCUGUGAGUUUUGUUCUUUUCAGCUCCAGACGGACCGGAACCAGCCGCCGGCUCCCCGUCGCCCGCCGCUUCGCUGCUCGGAUUCCCGGCCCGGCGGACCCUCGGCCAGCGCGCAGCCGGGAUCGCAGCGCUCCUUCCCGGCCUCGGCUCGCAGCUCCCCCCGCCGGAGGAGCAGACCGGGCUCCGGCUAAAGUUUCCUCUCCUCUCCGCUCCUUCGGAUUUUUGUGGAGAUUUUCGGGUCGGAGGCGAAGCAGCGGCCGCCCAGGACCGGAGCUGCAGCCUCACAGGCCAGGAGCAGGAGGAGGAGCAGGAGGAGGAGGAGGAGCAGGAGGAGGAGGAGGAGCAGGAGGAGUGAGUGUGAAGAAGACGGCUGCCGCACAGAACCAUGAGUCUGCUGUGCUGACAUACAAGGACUGACACGACGCCAAGGAAGGAAGGAAGGAAGGAAGGAAGGAAGCGAGGCCAUUGGACGCUGAGGGCCCAGGAUGACGAGUGCUGCCCCGGCCAGGAAGCCGUACCGAAAGGCUCCGCCGCAGCACCGUGAGACACGCCACGCCCUGCCCGCCGCGCUGCCCCCCCCAGCGCCACAGCCCGACCUCAGCCAGGAGGCCUUAUCAGACUCCGACAGGAUCAAAAUCCUCCAGCAGCAGAAUGAGGACCUGCGGCGCCGCCUCUCUCUCUCCACCCACAAGAUGGAGUCCAUGGAGGCGGAGUUUGACGGCAGCCGCCACUACAUGGAGGCGGAGCUUAACCGGACCCGGGACGACCUGGACAAGAUGAGGGACAAGUUCCGCAGACUGCAGAACAGCUACACGGCGUCUCAGCGAGCCAAUCAGGAUCUGGAGGAGAAGCUGCACGCUCUGGCGGCCGUCAGUCAGACUUGGGUCUAUGCACUACGGAAGGUGGAGAGGGACAAGAAGACGAUGGACCAGGAGAUCGUGGAGCUGACCAACAAGCUGCUGGACGCCAAGAACACCAUCGACAGGCUGGAGGAGCUCAACGAGCGGUACAGGCAGGACUGUAACCUGGCCGUCCAGCUGCUCAAGUGCAACAAGUCGCAUUUCAGAAACCACAAGUUUGCUGAUCUGCCCUACGAGCUGCAGGACAUGGUCAAUAAGCACAUGAAGAGCGUGCUGCCUGAGCGGGGCCCGGCCGGCCCCCAGGGGCCGCAGGACGCCGACACGCUGAGCCUGACGCCGGCCGACGUCGUGCCCACCUCGGUCAUCGCCCGCGUGCUGGAGAAGCCCGAGCCGCUGGUGCUGAACUCCGCCCAGUCCAGCAGCUGCGGCCGGCCCGUCGCCGAGGACGUGUUCGUGCACGUGGACAUGACGGGCCCCGGGGCCGAGGGCGGCCGGGAGAACGGCAGGCGGGCGGCGGCGCAGCAGAACGGCUCGUGCCGCGGCCAGGGCGGCCCGGACGGGCGGCCGGGCGACGAGGAGGGGGGCGGAGCUCCGUCCUUCGAGAAGCUGAACCCCUACCCCGCCCCGCCGCCCCCCCACCCCCUCUACCCCGGCCGCAAGGUCAUCGAGUUCUCGUCGGACGACAAGGUGAAGAUCCCCAAGAACAGCCCGCUGCCCAACUGCACCUACGCCACGCGGCAGGCCAUCUCCCUCAGCCUGGUGCAGGGCGACGAGGAGCGCCCGCCCCCCGCCUCCCCCGCCCCCUCCUCCUGCUCCGGGGGAGGAGGCGGGCCGGGGGGGCCCGGCCCCGACCAGCGCACCCCCCCGUCCCGGCGGGAGGCCGGCAGCGAGCCGCUGUCAAGCCAGUCCAGUCCCUUCAGCUCCCCCCCGCAGGCGCCCAGCGUGCUGGCGAGCUCUGGCAGCUCUGAGGAGGACCUGCUGGCCAACUGGCAGCGGAUGUUCGUGGAGAAGAUGGCGCCGGCGUGCGACACCUCGCUGGCCAGCCGCACCUCCUUCAGCAGCCAGACGGCCCACGAGCUGCAGAGGACCCGGCAGGCCGCCGCCCCCUCCGACCACCACCGGGGCGUGUACUCGGACGGCGAGGAGGGCUCGUCGGCGCGCAGCUGGACGCCGAGCCGCGGCUCCAGCCUGGACACCGACACCGACACCGAGCCGCGCAGGAGGGGGCGCUACGCCGCCGACGGCUCGGCUGAGGAGGGCGAGAGGCUGCUGAUGAGCCUGGACGCCGCCGCCGCCGCCACCGCCACCGGGGUCGACGCCGCCGGGGUCGACGCCACGGCAACCAGAAAGGAGCAGGAUGAAGACGAAGAGGAGGAGGAGGCGGGGAGCUCGGAGGAGCGAGACGUCCUGCCGCAGGACCUGCCCGUCAUCUCGCCCCGCCUCCUCGACUAUGACCCCGCCCCCCCUGCGGCGGGACGGCCCCAAAAGAGCCCCAAGAGGAUGGGUGUGCAUCACCUGCACCGCAAGGACAGCCUGACCCGAGCCCAGGAGCAAGGCACCCUUCUGGACUGACUGUCUCCAUGGCAACUGACCCGCUUGUCACUGAGGUCAGAGGUCACUCCCACCCAGGAUAUAGCCAUACUCCUGUAUGCUGCCCAGCUCCACCUGACCUGCACACACACGCAUGAGUGUGUGUGUGUGUGUGUGUGUGUGUGUGUGUGUGUGUGUGUGAGUGUGUGUGAGUGUGUGUGUGUGUGUGAGUGUGUGUAAGUGUGUGUGUGUG